AUGAGCCAGACGGCGAAUGAAAAUGAAGACAGCUAUGCCGAUUUCAUUUUGAAGCCCCAGAAACCCAUUCAGCCUUACAUCUGCUCCACUCUGAGUGAUUUCCAAGAAGAGAGGGACUUUUUGGCAAACUGCAUCUUCCCUCAGCUCAAUGAACUCUGCCAUUCGCGGGGCACAUAUUUCAAAGCUGUGGACCUGAGGUGGUCAGUGUUGACGGGCCAGGCGUCCUUGUGUAAACAGCAUGUUUGCCUCUGCUCCCAACAGCUGAAGCUCUGUCUCGACUAUGUCAACAGCUCCUUCCCCUUUUUCAUCUGCAUGCUGGGUGAAACAUACGGGGACUUUCUCCCUGACUACUCACCUUUCAUGUUCACCAAAGCCACUGACUUGUCAAGUUUGUCCAGAGUGGAACAGAAUCUCUACGUUGCGGCAGAAAAUGGUUAUCCUUGGGUCCUGGAGAAUGCCAGCUGCAGUCUGACGGAGUUGGAGAUCAUCCAAGCAGCCUUUCUGAAUGAGUCUCAAUUUCAGUAUUUUUACUUUAGGACCCAGACCACACUGCUGAAGGCUUUAGAUGCGGAAAAGGAGGGAAAGCUGUCCUCAGGUUCCCAGAUGAACAAUGAGGAAAAAUUAAGGAUUGGAAAACUUAAGGCUAAGAUUAUUAGCAAAGGGCUCCCCGUCAGAUUUUACAGAGAUCUCCAGGAGCUGGGUGAUCUGGUUUUCAAGGACUGGUCGGUUGUGAUAGAAAAACUUUACCCAGAUGCCUUCAUGACUGAAAAUAUAGACUACAAGCACAACUUCGAACGUUUCUAUCAUGAAGAGUUUACGGAGAAGUGCCAGCAAGUGUUUGCUAUUUCCAAGGAGUCAAACAGAAUGUUUGAAAUCUUGGAGAGAUUCGCCUUAAAGGAUUUGGAAUUUGAUUUUAACGAUGCAGCAGCAGGUUCCAGUUCAGACUCUGUUCCUUUAUUUUUCAGAAUAAAUUCUCCUUCAGCCUACAAGUCUAUUUUGCUCUUAUCUGGAGACCGUGGUUGUGGGAAGUCCACUCUGAUUGCCAACUGGGUGAAUUAUUUCAAAAAGAAACACCCGACUAUCCUGAUGAUCCCUCACUUUGUGGGCAGCACGUGUGAGAGCAGUGACAUCAUGUCCGUGGUGCAUUACUUCAUCAUGGAAUUGCAGGGCAAAAACUACGGUACUCAGCUUGAAACAGACAUUCUUAACGAAGACUCACACGUCUUGGUCUUUUCACUUCUUGUAGAAGCGUUCAUUGCUUCCAUCAGUUUAAAGCCAUGUAUACUUGUACUAGAUGGAAUAGAAGAGUUAAUUGGCAUUUAUGGGAUUUCAGGACAGAAGGUGAAAGAUUUUUCUUGGCUGCCGUGCUCCCUGUCUCCUCAUUGCAGAUUCAUCAUGAGCUCCGUCUCCUCCAGCCUGUCCUACAAGUCACUGUGUGCCCGCCCAGACGUGAGGACCGUGGAGCUCAUGGGCACAGGAGAUGAAGAAAUGAAAUUAAACAUCUUGAGACAGCAUCUCUCCAUUCCCAGCAAUGACCCCUUCCAACAGAUCAGACAGGCUUUGAGCCAAAAAGCAAACCUGAAUCCUUUGAAACUCACAAUCCUAGCAAAUGAAUUGAAAGAAUGUAGAAUUUACCGAAAUGAGUUUCAGUGUCUGAAGGAGUACUUGGAGGUGGACUCCAUUCAGGAGCUCUGGGAAUUGAUUCUGAAACGCUGGACUGAAGAUUACAGUUGGACUUGUAAACUGAAAAAGGCAAAUUCAGACACCAUGGCUUCAGGAGAAGGGCUGGAUGGCUGGGUGGCCGACACUCUGUGCUUACUGAGCAUCUCGCAUUGUGGGUUGGCCGAGGAUGAGAUACUGCAGCUUUUGGACAUGCUGGGCUACAGGAAUCAUUACAAAGUGACCACGCUGCACUGGGCUGCCUUCCGCAACGCCACCAGACAGUGGGUCCAGGAGAAGCCCAGCGGGCUCCUGUACUUCCGGCACCAGUCUCUACGAAAUGCAGUGGAACACAAGCUUCUCGGUGUAAUCACUCCUGUUCGAGAAAGCAGCCCUCAUGCCUUUCAGAAUCCAGCGAAUCACAAGAAAACACAAUUUCACCGAAUUUUGAUCGGCUACUUCCAACGGCAGACUGCUUUCUGGAGAGUGUACCAAGAGCUGCCAUGGCACAUGAAAAUGAGUGGCUUCUGGGGGGAUCUGAGCAGCUUUCUGUCAAGUCCUAGUGUCACAGACUUUAUAUCAAAGAUCCAAAGCUCAAGCUUCUGGACAAGGCUGCACCUCCUUCACUACUGGAAUGUAAUACUGGAAGUUGGAUAUGAUCCUGCCAAGGCCUACUUACUCUCAGUGGCCAAGAUUAAAGAAGAUAAGGGCCACAAAAUGAGGAAGAGACGUACACUCUCAGUGCUGGAAUGCAGGCCUCUGGAGGUCACUGCAACGGACAAGUGCCGAGUAAUGUUCUUUAUUGCAAGAUUUUUGAAGCUGAUGGGCAAGACCAAAGACGCAGAAGAGUUGUUCUUGAAUGUUGAGAACAUGUUAGUGCAGAGUCAGUGCAUGAAAGAAAUGCUUCUCAAAGUGCAGACCGCUGUUGGAGAGCUCUAUCUUGAAAUAGGGAUGACUCAGAAAGGGUUCCAGUAUUUCCACAAAGCGUGGUUGAAACUGAUGGAAUUUUCGCCCAGUGACUUAAAGGACAACCAGGACUUAGUGAAGCAAAAAGGCAGAGUCCUGAACAACCUGGCAAAGUCAGCCCCUGAGGAGUACUUAAAAGAAAAGCACAUUUUGGAGCGUGUAACUGAAAUUUCCAGCUUACUGGACAGCCACCCCCGUGACCAGGCUACCAUGAAAUUCACUGAAGGUGUUCUGAUAUUUGCUGCUGGAAACAGUUCUCUUGCAAAAACAAAGUUUCAAGAAUGUUUAAAUAUCAGGAGAAGUUUGUUUGGGCAGAAAAACAUUCUAGUUGGAGAAAUUACGGAAUUUUUAGCAGAUUUACUAUUUUUUCCACUAGGGGAUAGUGAAAGACUCCAAAUGAAGAAAGCAAUUGAAUAUUAUAAACAAGUGAUAAAAAUAAAGGAAAAUGCAAUCACCCUGGCCAACUCUUCACUCAUCAGGAAGCAGCUGAGCAUCAGCCUAAGUGAUACCUAUUGUAAAUUAGCAGGUCAGUUAUUGAUAAGUGACUCUUGUCAUCACAUCCUGAUUGAGGCACUGGGCUAUUUGUACAGAUCACUUGAUUUAAGGGCGACUCACCUGGGAUCUUCUCAUUCAUCAAUCCAUGGAAUCCUCUACCUUCUGAGGGAACUUGAGUGGAUCCGGGGUAGGAGAUGGCCUCAAGGUACGAGACAGCAAUGUUCUGAGGGUUCUAGGAAUGGCGCCUCAUUAUGGAAGCACUUGCUGAAAUUAAACUACCACUGCGCCCAGAGUUCUAGCACAGUGAGUUCUGCAAUGUGCAGGAAGGCAAAUAAGUUACCGAGGGCUAAAAGCACAGACUUGGCACCUGGUACAAUUUCAGAUAAAUCAAAAAUUGCUUCCAGAAAAGGGAAAAAGGUCUUGAGACCCAUUUUUUCUAUUUCUGCUGAGGAAAAGACCCAACAGAAGACACAAAAUAGUGUUGAAAUAGGGAAUGGUCCAGAAAAAGAAGCAUCAGAGAAAAAGAAAGGUUAUUUCUCUAAGAUUAAAUCUGUGGAUAUAAUGGAUGAUGUAGUAAAGCUUUCACGACAAAGGAUUUUGUCAGCUGAAGUGGAGGCUGGAACUGGACAAAUCCCCAAGAUGUACCAGCAUUGCCUGCUAUGGCCUCUUAGCACAAAUAAUCCCUCUGAAUCCUUAACUGAACUCAUCUCAGAAAAGUGGCUUUUUCAUAGCCCAGAUUACAGUUCAAUUCCUCAGAAGAGUUUUUUGCAGAGGCCUCAAUUUGAAAAAUACUUGUUGAGGACCUCGAAUGAUAUGAAUAAAAAAUAA